AUGAAAGAGUCAAAAGAUGAGGAGAAAUCGAUCACAUCAAGUAGUAACAAAAAAAGGAAGAGAGAAAGCGAAUUAAAAGAUGCUGGCAUAAAGGAAACCAAAUCCAGUCACAAAGAUGGCAAAAAGAAAGGAACAAAAGUGAAAAAAUCAAAGAAAACGGUGAAAUCCAACGAUAAGUCUAAUUCUACGGAACCAGAUAAGGAAGGACUAGACACAGUUGUCGAGUCUCAUACCAUUAAGGAGGGUGGGCGAGUGAAAAAGUCAAAGAGAGCAGAGGGAUCCGUUGAUAUAUCCGAUUCUACGAAAUCGGCCAAAAGGAAGGAACAAGAAGCAUCAGAUUCUGUGUUUAGAGAAGAAAAAAAAGCGAAAAAAUCAAAGAAAGCAAAGGAAUUUGUUCAGAUACGUGAUUCUGAGGAUUCGGAUAAGAAGAAAAGGCAAGACGAAUCCGGUGAUAUUAGUGUUGAAACCUCUGCAAUCAAGAAAAAAAUAAAGGUUAAAAAGCCAAAGAAAACAACAGAAUCCAGUUCUACGAAAUUGGAUAAAGAAAAGACAAGAGAAACGCCUUGUGAUCUUACUAUUAAACCUUUUGCAAAUGAUCAAGCAGCAAUAAAUGGUGACUCUAAACCAGUCACAGAAGAGAAACCAGGUGUACACACGAAAGCAUCUUGGAAGGAUUACUAUUCAAAACAUGACAUUACAGUAGACAGUGAAAUUGAUAUUUCGCCAAUAACGUCGUUCUCGCAACUAAAUGUCAACGCGUGUGUCAAGCAAGUUCUUGGCCGAUUUAAAGAACCAACUCCAAUACAAGCCGUAUGUUGGGGAAUUGGCUUGAGCGGCAAAGAUGUUAUUGGAAUUGCAGAAACUGGCUCGGGUAAAACUCUUGCUUUCUUGGUUCCAGCAAUAACCCAUAUUUCGAAAUCCAAAGAUAACUUUGUAAAACCCAAAGUGCUAAUACUCGCGCCUACGCGAGAGCUUGCUCUGCAGAUUGAAGCUCAAUGUAAGGAAUUUGAGAAAACGUGUGGUUUUAAGAGCCUUUGUGUUUACGGUGGAGUGCAGAAAUCAAUACAACGUCAAGCUCUGCGCGAGGGAGCACAUAUAUUAGUGGCCACUCCUGGCCGCUUAGUGGACUUUGUUAAUGAACGUAGUUGUGACUUGAGCGGGAUCUCGUUUCUUGUUUUAGAUGAAGCUGAUCGGAUGCUUGACAAGGGUUUCGAGGACGUUCUCCGCAUGAUUAUUUCAAAAUUGCCGAAAAAACGACAGACGGCCAUGUUCUCCGCCACCUGGCCCGAACUUGUUCGCCGUUUAGCACAUGAUUUUAUGUGCAAUGCGAUCAAGGUCAAUAUUGGAUCAGAUGAAUUGUCUGCUAAUAAUAAUAUCAAACAAAUAGUGGAAGUGCUGGAUGAUAGAAAUCAGAAGGAAGCCGAGGCGAUUCGUCUAGAAAAUGCGCUUAUACGUCAAGGAUUUGAAGCACAAGCCAUUCAUGGUGAUAAGAAUCAAUAUCAACGCAUGCAGGCUCUCCAAGCUUUCAGGGACGGUUACUCUCCGUUGUUAGUGGCUACUGAUGUUGCGUCGAGAGGAUUAGACAUACCAAUGGUUGAAUACGUGAUUAACUACACGUUUCCAUUGACCAUAGAAGACUAUGUUCAUCGCAUCGGUAGAACUGGGAGAGCUGGCAAGACCGGCAUUUCUCAUACUUUCUUUACAUCACACGAUAAGGCUCACUCGGGAGAGUUAAUAAAUGUUCUAAAAUCUGCAGGCCAGUGUGUACCUCCCGAGCUACUGAAAUUCGGAACUACCGUCAAAAGAAAAGAACAUUCAGCAUAUGGUGCAUUUUAUAGAGAAAUUGAUCCUAAUGCCAAGCCUACUAGGAUCAAAUUCGAGAGUUAG